AUGACGGCCCAACCUCUGGAAACCCUCUCCGGAGGCAGCGCGCAGAACACAAGAACUCUUCUCAGAGUCAUCAUCUUGGGCUUGAUCGCAGCUGCCGCCAUUGCAAGCCGUCUCUUUUCCGUCAUUCGCUUCGAGAGUAUUAUUCACGAAUUCGACCCCUGGUUCAACUUCAGAGCCACCAGAUACCUUGUAGCCAAUGGAUUCUACAAGUUCUGGGAUUGGUUUGAUGACCGCACAUGGCAUCCUCUUGGUCGGGUUACUGGAGGAACCCUCUACCCUGGUCUGAUGGUGACCAGCGGCGCCAUCUACCACGCGCUUCGAGCUCUUACCGUCCCCGUCGAUAUUCGCAACAUCUGCGUUCUUCUCGCGCCCGCUUUCUCCGGCCUCACGGCCUAUGCUGCCUACCUUCUUACGAAUGAGAUGACCACAUCCCCCUCGGCCGGUCUCCUUGCUGCCGCCUUCAUGGGUAUCUCUCCCGGUUACAUCUCUCGAUCCGUUGCUGGCAGUUACGACAACGAAGCUAUCGCCAUUUUCCUUCUCGUCUUCACCUUCUACCUGUGGAUCAAGGCAUUGAAGCUGGGCUCCAUGCUUUGGGGAGCUCUUUGCGCCCUCGCCUACGGCUACAUGGUCGCCUCUUGGGGUGGCUAUGCCUUCAUCACCUGCAUGCUUCCUCUGCAUGCCUUGACCUUGGUCUGUAUGGGCCGCUACAGCACCCGUCUCUACGUCAGCUACACCACUUGGUACGCUCUGGGCACUCUGGCCAGCAUGCAGAUUCCCUUCGUCGGUUUCCUGCCUGUCAAGACUAGCGAGCACAUGCCUGCUUUGGGCAUGUUCGGUUUCCUGCAGCUGAUCGCCUUCAUUGACUAUGUCCGCAGCGCCAUUCCCAGCCGUCAGUUCCAGACCUUUGUCUUCACCUUCCUGGCUGCUACUUUCGGUCUUGCGCUGGCUGGUCUGGUCGCCUUGACCUCUCUCGGCUACAUUGCUCCUUGGGGCGGCCGUUUCUACUCCUUGUGGGAUACCGGAUACGCCAAGAUUCACAUUCCCAUUAUCGCAUCCGUCUCUGAGCACCAGCCUACCGCUUGGCCUGCGUUCUUCUUCGACCUUAACCUGCUUAUCUGGCUGUUCCCCGCCGGUGUUUACUUGCUUUUCCAGGACCUCAAGGACGAGCACGUCUUCGUCAUUGUUUACGCCCUGUUCGGCAGUUACUUCGCCGGUGUCAUGGUGCGCCUGAUGCUCACUCUGACCCCUAUUGUCUGCGUUGCAGCUGCCAUUGCUGCUUCGUCGAUCCUGGACACCUACAUGGUCGCCAAGUCUCCUAACCCUGAGGAUUACAAGGGUGACGAGGCCACCGAGGCGGCUCCCAAGAAGGCCAAGCACAGCGGCCUCAAGUCGACCAGCAAGCCCCUUGUCGGUAUCUACACCUUCCUGUCCAAGGGUCUCGUUGUUGGUGGCAUGUCCAUCUUCCUGCUGCUCUUCGUUCUCCACUGCACCUGGGUUACCUCCAACGCCUACUCGUCGCCUUCCGUCGUUCUUGCGAGCAGAAUGCCCGACGGCAGCCAGCACAUCAUUGACGACUACCGUGAGGCCUACCAGUGGCUCCGCCAGAACACCAAGGAGGACGCCAAGAUCAUGUCUUGGUGGGACUACGGCUACCAGAUUGGUGGUAUGGCGGACCGCCCUACCUUGGUUGACAACAACACCUGGAACAACACUCACAUCGCGACUGUUGGUAAGGCGAUGAGCUCUCGCGAGGAGGUCAGCUACCCUAUCAUGCGCCAGCACGAGGUUGACUACGUGCUUGUCGUCUUUGGCGGUCUUCUGGGCUACUCCGGAGAUGACAUCAACAAGUUCUUGUGGAUGGUUCGUAUCGCUGAGGGUAUCUGGCCUGAGGAAGUUCAGGAGCGCAAGUUCUUCACCCCCCGCGGCGAAUACAGAGUCGACGACGGAGCUACUGAGACCAUGAAGAACAGCUUGAUGUACAAGAUGUCGUACUACAACUACAACUCGCUCUUCCCUCAGGGUCAGGCCCAGGACCGUGUCCGUGGUGUCCGCCUUCCCGACGUUGGCCCUACCCUCAACACCUUGGAUGAGGCCUUCACCAGUGAGAACUGGAUCAUCCGUAUCUACAAGGUCAAGGACCUUGACAAUGUCGGCCGUGACCACGCGGCUGCUGCUGCCUUUGAAAGAGGCCAGAAGAAGAAGGCGCUGAAGAAGAAACGCGGCCCCAGAGUCCUCAGAGUGGACUAA